AUGAAUCAUAUCUUAUCUCCUUCGAAUUUCGCAGCAGUACCAGCAGUACAGGACCAUCAUCUUCAGUUAUUCUCUCGCAAGUCUCAACCAACACUCAAUGUAAGUACCUCUGCAUCAUCAUCUUUUUCUCCACCACCACCAAAGUAUCCACUUUCCUCCAUGGGUUACAGUAGUCUUCUCAAGCUCCAUUCUCAAAUCUUCAACCCCACACAGCUUUCACCACCUCCACUGCUUUACCGGCAUCCAGUUCUCAGCCAGUCCCUUCCAUUUACCCUGACCCAUCGCAACAAUGACCUCCAUCAUCUUUCCAUCACCCACUCUGUUCUUCCCAAGAAAAGAUCCAAACUUUUCUGUCUUCGAGUCCACUCUUCACUUCCUUCAUCCUCCAACCCACCAGCCUCCAGAGAAGAAGCAAUCCUCCAAGCCCAAACCUGCCUCUCCAAGACCUUAGAGAAACCCCUCAACAACCCCAAACUCGUUGGCAGGAUCAAGAAGCUCAAGCAGCCAAGGUUCCAAGUUGAAAUCCCUGUGGUUGAUGAUUCCCCACCUUCCCUCUCUCAACUAGCUCUUGAAAUCUUCAAGGACUUGCCCAUCAAAAGAAAAGGCUCCCCAGUCAAGACUCUGAUCCUCUGGCCCAACCCUGCACUCAGAGAUGCUGCAAUUGAAGCAUUCCAGUUGUCCGCUUUACCAUCAUCGUCAGCCAAUGUUGAACACGUCGACAUGUCUUCCUAUGACAACAUCAGGAGAUCAAUAUCUGGUGCUGACGUGGCAGUGUUUCUUUCUCCAGAGAGUUCCCAGCUAGUGGAUGUGAAAAGGGUUGCAGACGGUAUGUAUCCAAACCCAGUUGUGAUUCUGAACCCAAGAUGGGGACUUGAAGGAGGGGGUGAUGGCGAUUUUGGAGAAGAACUGAGUGGCUUUGUGGGUUCAUUUGAGGUCAUCUAUUCUUUCAUGGGGCUGGAGGUUCAAGGAGUUUUGAGCAAGAGGAAAGGAGUGAUCUUUAAGUGUGUGAGGGAUGGAAUUGUGAGUGGGGAGAAGUGGAGUGUUCUUGUUGAAGAAGAAGGAGGUGAGAUGAAGGUUAUUUCACAAUUCAAGGCAAGGCCUUCCAUAGGUGAAGUUGAGAUUGUUUUGUACAACUUGAUGGCUAUCAAUUCUCCCAUCACCAAGUCUGCCAAGUUUCUCAAAGAUUUGGUCUCCAAUGUAACUGGAAGAAAGUGA